GGUAAAAAUUCGUGCAUGCGCACGAAGGUUCAAGUAACCAUGUCGGCCGAACUGCAGUGGAUGAUCGUCAAAGACCGGUCCAGCUUCCUGGUAAAAAAGCGGAUGAUCAAAACGUGGUUUAGCAUUGACCCCCUGAACCCUAAAGGGACGCACGCCAAGCGCUACAGUGGCAAUGUAAGGGACAAGGCCCUCACCAUCGAGCCUCACAGCAGCGGCAAAGGUGUUACGCUGGUCUACAAGAAGCAAGCUAAUCGCAAGAAGCCGGCGAAGCUGAUCGAUCGCGUGCCCCUCAAGAAGGGAGCCCGCCGCACGAUGUCUACCAUCAAGAAGUGGGUAAAGGGACAUCAGUACUACAGGAAGGAUUUGCAGACCCUAUGCCUGCGUCGUGCCAGUGCCAUCCUCAGGAGUCAGAAGGCUAUCGUGCCCAAAAAGAAGAGCUCUCGCCCUGCAAAGAAGGCCGACUGAUCACACCAGACCAAUAAAACAUGCUUUAAAGCAGA